AUGGCGCCUGAGGAGGCGAAGUCGCAGCCUCUGGUCAUGGUCAAUGUCUAUACCCGCGGCGUGCUCUCCGGAAAGGUCCGGGUUGGUUACGCCAUGAGGCAGCUGGAAAACUUCAAAAAAUACGAGCCGGGAAGCCCCGGGCGUCCGCGCUACAUCCCGUUGGAACCAAUGCCGUUCAACAUGCACGCGCGGAUCCCUGGAUCUGUCCUCAUGGUCAUCGAGCAUUUCACCACAGACGAUGUGCCGAGGCAUAACCGCAGGACGGUGAAGCCCAUGGUCUACAUUGUCCGCGCGUACGUUUUCAUGGCCCGCAACAUCAAAGUAGACACUGCUGGAGCGAAUCUCGCACUGCGUGUGGCAUGCGCUGGAAUCUCCAAAACCACGGAGCCAGAGUUCGGGCAGGUGCGACCCAUGUGGAUGAAGCCACUGGAGUUGAGAGUUACACUUUGCUCCGACCACCCGAAGGAGCCACCGACGAUGGAGCCAAUUACUGUCACCUUACUGGAUAGCAGGACCGUCUUGGGAGUCAAGGCCGACAGAGACAUCGGCAAGACGGUGUGUACCUACGAGUACAUGCGUCAGAAGGACAACAUGGGCAGGUGGGAGCCCUUCCGCUUGAAACCCCAGUGGGUGCAACUUUUUGGCGGGAACUACGGCAGCGUGGCCAUGGGGGAAGUCCUUAUAGGUUUCGAGCUGCUUCACUCAAAAUUCCGAGCCGAUUUGCCUGCAAUCCAGAUGUGGCCCGUGUCAGAGGAAGAGUUCAACGCAACCAAGCACUUCUCCAAGCUCAAAAAGGCCACUCUCCAUUUUUCCUUGUAUGGACUGCGAGACUUGAUCCCAAUGGGGGGCAGAAGUGAGGAGCCCCUGGUGAAUGUGCGGGUGAAGAAGUUCGAGCGGCCGGAAGGUGAGGAAGGCGCAAAGCGAAGCAAGUACUACUCCAUGAACUUCAAGUACGAGAAGCUGGUGGAAGAAGGGCAGGAAGACAACAAAGACGACCACCUUCACAAAUGGAAAACCGAUGCAUUGGGCCAGCAGGGAUGUCGAAACUUCGAGUUUUUCCAAGUCCAGAAAGUGAACGUCAUGCUUCCCGACAAGGAGAUCCUGCAGCCCUUCAUCGCCAUCAGGGUCCUGGAAAAGCCAAUGGAGCUUUUCCAUGGGACUGCCCUGCAUUUGAAGCCUUUCGGGAACGAGGGGACCCUGGUCGGCGAGAGCCGGCAGAGUCUGAAUCUCCUCUACCCCUGUACCUGGUACGAGGGCAUUACCGAUCGGCAGCCCUACAGCUACCAGGAGAACCGAAUCAAGCGUGGAGUGGAUCGGGCGAGCAGGGCCUGUGCCUCCAGGACGCUCUACCAGGAGGAGUCGGCGGAGGAGCGGGCCAAAGGGCUUCAGGCGGAAAAAGAAACCCGGAGGCAGCAGCAGCUGGAGUACAUGAAGUCUUUGAUAAGCAUGGAGGAGGAGAAGGCAGAGAAGAUCGACUCGAGGGCUAUGCCUUUGGAGCUCAGACCCUACAGAGCGACCUACAAUCCGAAUGGGUACCUGCCAGAGGUGAAAGAACCACUGCGAGUGCGCGAAGAGCAUGCUCUGAACAUGGAGCGCUUGAGCAGCUUCGGAAAACGCUUUGGCGAGCGGUCCAACAAGGACUCCGAUGGGUCAACGGGCCUCCGGCUGAGAGGCAAGCUGGAGCACUCCAAGCAGGUGCAUGUCUUCCAGCCAGACUUCUGGUAUCACAAUGCCCCGCUUAUGCGCAACGCGGACAUCGUGGACCUGAGCGAUGAGACAGCUCCAGACUGGAACUUCAUGCACGACAAGGUCUUCGGCUUUGUCAAGUGUGUUUUCAAGCUGAUGGACGGCUGGGAGGAUCUGCCGUACGGGGAGGACGAUCAAGAGCAGAAGCCCGCGGAGGAGUCAGACGAUGAAGAUGAGCCUGUUGCAGUCAAGGAUGUGGAACCGGUGAUCGCUCAGUCCCCUGUGGACACUGGCGCCGGUGUGGGGCUUCUGGAUGACGCGGCAGCAGUGGCCAACGUUCGUGCUGACGCCCGAAAGCGGAGCAAGGCGGAUGAUACUCAAAGCGUAGUUGUCACCGACGAGGACAUUGCAAAGCUUCGGCGGUCUGUUGGCUUUGACGAUGAUCUGGAUUCUUAUGCUUUCGACGUCGCCAAGUUGACAUCGCGCUUCAAGAACAAGGAGCGGGUCCCUUCGCGAAUUCGUGUGCGGAUCUACUUUGUCAAGGCCAUCUGCAUCUUCGGAAAGCAGGUGGAGGGUUUCUUUGGCAAGGCGUUCAUCGACCCCUACCUAGCGUACAAGCUUGGGAACAGUAUCGUGGUGUCCAUGAGAAACAUGGCCCAGUACAACACGAACGUUCCGAGCUUCUACAGGGUAGAGGAGCGGGAUAUCGUCAUGCCUGCCGAGUCCCGGCUACAGGUGGACCUCUUCGACUUCCAAGAUACAUUGGGCGAGGCCAUUAAUGGCGAAAAGUUGAUCGGCAGCACGGUGAUCGACUUGGAGGACCGCUGGCACUCUGCAGCCUGGAAAGACUGCAUGGACCGUCGCCAGCAGGUGCCCACCGAGAACCGCGGGCUCAUCAAUCCGCAGCUUUCAGGCCAGAACUGUGGCAGCAUCGAGAUGUGGGUCGAAAUGAUCGACAGCGUGCGAGCGUCAGAUAUCAAGGCGUCUGAACUUCGGAAGCCUCCGGCGAUGGAGAUCGAGAUCCGCCUUGUUAUUCGAACUUGCAAGAACGUGAAGCUCUGGGACGGUUCCAAGACGGACGUGAAAGUUACUGUGGAUCUUGAGUGCAAAGAGUACGAGGGAGUGACGAUGGGCUUUCCGAAGCUGCAGCCAACGGAUGUCCAUCUCGGCUCCACGGGUAAUGCCAUCUUCAAUUGGCGCAUCGUUUACCCUCGAAUUGUGAUGCCGACCAAGUCCUGCACGAUGGACCUGAAGCUCUAUCAGGCAAACUUCGUCUCUGCCGACGAAUUCAUCGGUGCCGUGAGUGUGGACUUGCGAAGAUAUGUGGAGAGAGUUGCUCGGGACAUGGACAUGAUCUACAUCGAAAAGGCCGAUCUCCAGUUCACGGCAGGCGCCGCCGGCGAGGGCGAGGAAGGUGGCGAUGGGGCCGAUGCUGCAGAGGAGGAGACGGUUGGCUCAGUGCAGUUCGAGAUGUGGUUCAUGACACAGAGCGAGGCCAACCAGAAGCGGAAUGGCAAAGGUCGCGAGGACCCCAACGACUUCCCUCAGCUUGUCACACCGGCAGAGGGUCGCGGUUGGGGUGAUGUCCUUGGCGGCUUCUCUUUGUCUUUGCCUGACCUUGGCCUCAUGAAGAAGGACUGGAUUGCGUAUGAGAGUGGCAACAACGGUGACCAAAGCCAAGUUCAAAGUACGAGCAAAGAGGUUGUACAGGAAUACAUCAGCCGUCCCCUCUUGUUGGACGGUCGCAAGUGGGACCUGCGCCUGUAUGCGUUGGUGGUGCCCGGUUACGAUGGUGGCCUCCGCUGUUGGUUGGCCCGUGACGGCCUGGUUCGAGUUUGUACAGAUCCAUACCGUGAGCCCGAUGCUACGAACCUGCGCUGCCAGACGGCUCACUUGACCAACUACUCCCUGAACAAGCGCUCGGAGAAGUUUGUCCGCAAUGAGGACCCCGGAAAUGGCCGCCACGGCUGCAAGCGGACAUUCUCAGCUGUUUUGGCUGGGCUCCAGGCAGAUGGCGCGCUCGAAGUUUCGACGGCAGAAAUUUGGAGCUCGCUGGAAGAGCUUGCUUCAGAGACUAUACGUGCCAUGGCUUCGCCACUUCGCCGCCUCGCGCAAGACCCAGCGACCUGGGAGGGAUCCCAGGAGGUCACCAGGGCCGCGUCUCAGAAGUUCGACCAGUGCUUUCACAUCCUGGGCUUGGACGUGCUUCUGGACAGCUCGUGCAAGCCUUGGCUCCUGGAGGUCAACUGCAACCCUUCCUUCAGCCUCGACGAGAUUCAUGCACUACAGGAGAAGGACAAGGGGGCCUUGCCAACCUUGUCGACUCGGGAGAUUGGAUACCCAUGUGCCUGCUCAGCGCACCCACAGGUGCAUAUGCACAAGGUCAGCCCGGUUGACCUUGCUGUGAAGCUACCUGUGCUACAAGGCGCUGUGUCAAUCAUUGGCGACUUGGCCAUGGGCCGUGAGGAUCCGACGGAGGGGCUUAGCAAGCUGUCGACGAUCUAUGUCCCGAUUUAG